ACACCAGAUGGAAACUGUGAAUCCGAUCAAUUUUUCUGUGGCCGACAACCUCCGCAGAAAUUGGCCAAAGAGUAUAUGCACGAUUUUGAACAGUCUGGUGGUUCAGGCUCUUCCGUCACAAUGAACAAAACGCAGGACAGUCGCAAAAAGUCCCGAAUCCUCUCACACACACUUCGCCUCGGCGCAUACGUGAUGCGCACAAAACGUUUGGAACAGAUAGAUCGGACUGCACCAGGUUACUGUAUUCCAAAAUCACUUCAGUGUGACGGAAUCGUUCACUGUCACAACGCGCGAGAUGAACUACCAAGCUUGCGUAUCGAACCGUCACAAAUCCCGUCGCAUUUGUUGCGUGAUCUGGUUGGCGCGCACCUGGUACCCACGGAUUUACAGAAUGUCGGUUGUGUGACUUAUCGCAUCAGUGACCGCAGGGCACAAACUCGACAAGCCCUGGGCAGUUUCGGUCGAGGACGUAGACUGAAGAACGACUCGUCCGAGCAUACCUGGCCACAGCUUACCGGUCCAGAAUCAACUAUCCUCGUGGUCGGUUGUAUUGGUGUGAUCAUAUUUGUUGGCCUGGUACUUCUUUGCUCCUAUCAUCAAUGCUUCCAUCCCCAACGAUUUCGCGGUCAAAGCUUUUUGCUUCCGAAAAGUUCCUCGCGAAACAAUUCCCUUAUGCCCCAAGCGACUACCUCGGACUACGAGAUUAGCAAACUGAUUAAUAGAAGCCGGAACACAUUACAUCAACCAGGUCAAACCGAGUUUCCUCCUGGCCCGACCGCCCACAUUGCACCGAUUUUCACUCGCACCUAUAAACGUCCGUCUAUCUGGACUCCGGCCAAUCAACAAAGAGUUGUUGUUCGCAGUGUCACACGAUCCACGCUGAACAGCACAUUAGAAUCGUAUCAAAGUUCCACAAUCGGUCAGUUGUUGCCAAACCAAGCCAAACCCACAUUGAUUUGUCGCUCGAAACAGCCGGAUUUCGGUCCUAUCUGCUUGCGUCCAGCACCGCAGCAAAACAAACUCACGCGUUCCAGCUCGAUGGAAUUGGAUCACACCCCGUAUAUAGUAUCAGACUUGGAAUUCACCGAAUGGAUUGAUCCUGUUCAUCACUCGGCUCGUCGACAGCAUCACCAUGGCCAUCAUCAGCAUCACUGUCCGGAAGAACAGGUCAGAUUGUGUAAUAAAAUUAAGCAGAAAUGUCCAAAACAAAAAGAAUUUGGCCAAAUUCCGAAUAAAUCAACAAGUGAGAAACUGGGUGGUAAGCUUCGUGCUUGA